AUGUCCCGUCCUCGCGAAGAAAACCUCCGCGGCGUGCAGCACACAGCGAGCUUUUGUCGAAAGCUUUCGAAGGCAGUGGGCGGAACGCGCACACACCCCACGCUGACAGGCAAAGUACAAUCUGGAGAGCGCUUCAGCUUGCUGCGUAUAUGCACGUCUGGGCUGAACAGUCUGAUCCAACUUGGCGAAUUACGCACCGCCCACUGCAUUUACCUCAGCAUUUUCUCUGUCCGUAUGCAAAUGCAUUGCCUGUGA